UAGUGUUGAAAAGGGGAGUUUCUUGAUUCUUUUGCUUUUUUGGGAUUUUUUUUUUGAGAAAAGCAAUCUUGAAUUUGUCAGAAGAUAAAGAAAGGCGCAUACUGUGUGUGUAGUGUUUGAAAAGGUGAAAAAGGGAGUUUCUUGAUUUUUUUGCUUCUUUUUUUUGUUGUUGUUGAAAAAGGUGUAAUCUUUGUUUGGAAUGGCGGGUUUUGGAGGAAAAUUGAAGAUUUUGUGGCCAGUGUUUUCGAUUUCAUGGAGUUUUCUUUUAGCUGCUAUUUUUGUAUCAGCAGAAAGAAGUUUGAAGCAGGAAGCUAUUGACCAAAAUGCAGCUGAACUUUCAGAUGCAGAUUACCUUUCAGCUGUUGUCAACUUCUUAUGGAAGCCUAAUGAAUCUGGUUACCAACAUGUUUGGCCGGAUAUGAAAUUUGGAUGGAAAAUUGUUCUUGGUUCCAUAAUUGGAUUCUUGGGUGCAGCAUUUGGGAGUGUAGGUGGUGUUGGUGGUGGUGGCAUAUUCGUACCCAUGCUUAGUCUUAUCGUCGGAUUUGAUCCGAAAUCAUCUACAGCAAUUUCAAAAUGUAUGAUCAUGGGAGCUGCUGUCUCUACUGUUUACUAUAACUUAAAGCUCAGGCAUCCCACAAUUGCCAUGCCUAUUAUCGAUUAUGACUUGGCUGUGCUCAUCCAGCCAAUGCUGAUGCUUGGCAUUAGUAUUGGAGUUACUUUCAAUGUGAUAUUUGCAGAUUGGAUGGUUACGGUUCUGCUAAUUGUUCUCUUCCUUAGCACGUCAACCAAGGCCUUUCUAAGAGGGGUUGAGACAUGGAAGAAAGAAACUAUUGUGAAGAAGGAGGCUGCGGCUAAACUUUUAGGAACAAAUGGCACGGGUGAUGACGCAGAAUACAAGCUCCUUCCUGGCGGUCCAGCCAAUGGUGGUACUGAAAAGGAUGCCAGGGGUGCGGCUGAACCACAGGUCCCUUUCAUGGAGAACGUUUGCUGGAAGGAAUUUGGACUUCUCAGUUUUGUUUGGGUUGCAUUUCUAGCACUGCAAAUUGGAAAGAAUUACACAUCUACUUGCUCGGCAUGGUACUGGGUGGUGAAUUUGUUGCAGAUCCCAGUUUCUGUUGGGGUAUCUUCAUAUGAAGCUAUUAGCCUGUACAAGGGAUGGAGAAAGAUUCAAUCCAAGGGAGAUGAUGGCACCAAUUUCCGAGUGAUGCAACUGAUUGCUUAUUGCUGCUUUGGAAUACUAGCUGGUAUGGUUGGUGGACUUCUUGGUCUUGGCGGAGGAUUUAUCAUGGGACCACUGUUUUUGGAGCUGGGUGUCCCUCCUCAGGUCUCAAGUGCCACAGCUACUUUUGCGAUGAUGUUCUCCUCAUCAAUGUCCGUGGUGGAGUAUUACCUUCUAAAGCGUUUCCCAGUUCCUUAUGCUCUCUACUUUGUUGCUGUGGCAACUAUUGCUGCUUUCGUUGGGCAACAUGUCGUGAGGAGGUUGAUAUUUGUAUUAGGACGAGCGUCACUUAUCAUCUUCAUCCUUGCCUUCACAAUUUUCGUGAGUGCAAUAUCACUAGGUGGAGUCGGGAUCUCAAAUAUGAUUGGGAAGAUUCAGCGCGAUGAAUACAUGGGAUUCGAGAACCUUUGCAAGUAUGCAAUUUAAUUAUAAGUUAGUCUCCAAGAAAUGGUGUGAAAGAAACUGGUCCAAAGUCUGGUUCCAUUAUACAUUAGCUAUAGACCAAUAGUGAUUUUACAGUUAGAGAUUUCUGCUCUAGAGUAAAAUAUAGGAAAUUAAGAAGUAGAAAUCUUUUUGUUUAGGAUUUUUUGGUCAUUUUUCCCUUGUCCAUUUUUUCCCCUCUUUUUUUUUCUCUUUUUAUGCUUCCAACAAUUGAAAUAAGUUGAUUUUUAUUUUUGGCAUAGUGAGAGCUUAUUCAUUCAUUUCUCAAUUUAGCAGAACUUUUUCAUGAAGUGUAUAAUAUAACUAAAGGUACUUCUAUUGCUCAAAA